AUGGAAAUCAUUACGGAGAGGUUCUCCUCGAGCCUUUUCCGUUCAUCAACUCCUGUGUCAAGCCCAAUCAUCCCCGCUGGUGAAGCCCCACCACGGAUUCUCCUUUCGGCAGUACGAGUCGCUAUCAAGAGCAUGGAACCUGGUACAGCCCUCGGACCUGAUCUUAUAUCAGCAGACUUUCUACUGGCUGGUGGCCAUCCCCUUCAUGUAAUCCUAACAGCACACAUGACAUCCUACCUUCAGAAAGAAAGGAUCCCAGACCAGUGGAAGACCUCGCGAACUGUUCUUAUCCAUAAGAAAGGUGACCGAGAGGACCUUCGGAACUACCGUCUGAUAUGCUUGCUGAGCGUGUUAUACAAAGCAUUCACCAAGAUCAUCCUCACGCGCAUACCUAGGACGCUGGAUGAAGCCCAGCCUCAAGAACAAGCUGGAUUCGGUCAAGGGUUCAGCUGCUUGGACCACAUCCAGACCGUGUCGAGGGUUAUAGAGGUUCGCCGGGAAUACCGCCUGCCCCUCGUUCUAACCUUCGUUGACUGUGAGAAAGCCUUCGACAGCGUAGAGACGAAUGCAAUACUGUCAGCGCUGGUCGGUCAAGGUGUGGACGCUUCGUAUUUGAGGACACUAGCUAAUUGCUACGAUCGAUGCACCACGAAGAUACAGGUACGACAAGGCGAUACUAAAUCGCCGAGGCUGUUCACAGCUGCAUUGCAAUGGAUAAUGAAAUCACUUUUCUGGGAAGAAAGGGGCAUACGUGUUGACGGAAGAUUCCUCUCGAACCUUCGUUUCGCGGACGACAUCGUUCUCUUUUCGAGCAGUACCAAUGAAGCAGAAAUCAUGCUCAACGAAUUGAACGAAACAGAGAAGAGAAUAGGACUGCGAAUAAACAGAAAGAAGACACAGUUCAUGAAGAACGCCUACUGCGAGGACAGAGGAGUACAACAUGAAGGCUCCCAAAUCGUGGAAACUUCGUGUCUUCUUUCUCAUACGUAUACCUCGGGCGUUCUAUGA